UCCUAACCUGUCCUGGUCUCUCCCCUCUUCCUGACUCCUGCCUCUUACUUGCUCACAGGCUCUUGCUGCGCACAUCCCAUAAUUACUUACUGCUGUCUUCUGCGAGGUGGAAUAGAACCAGCUUAGGUAGAGCCCAUGUACUAGGAUUCGGUUCAGCACUAGGUGAUCUAAAGCACGCACGCUGCUCUUUGCUCGACGUGCCUGUGCAAAGAUAAAGGCGAUGGUCGUUUCUUCGGACAAGCAUUCAGGCUUUAAGUUUAUAUUCGCGAAGGGGAGUCUGCGCCCUGGUCAAACCAAGCUCAAUGACCGCUGCGGAAUCGCGUUCCAGUUUCUUUCGUCACAAGCGUACCGCGUGCUAUCCGCCUUCGCUAUACUCGCAUUCCUCACAGCCACUGCUUUCGUCACGUACAGCAGCCAAAGCAUCUAUACAAUAAGCGUUAACACUACCAUCGCGAGCCGCAGUAGUACGCGAUAUAAGGAAAAUGCGACGGCGACUCACCUCGACUCAGAUCGCGACGUAAAAAACCCGUUAAAAGAUUCCUCGAGGGAUCGUGUAGUCUGCUGGUGGUCCGGCGCUCAUGGCGGUUAUUCGGGACUGGAGGAAUCUAUUGCUGACGCGCCACAGACACGUGUCAGUUACACAGGGCCGGAGAGAUCCGCCGCAGAGGGGUCCACAAUAGAGAAGAGGAGGAAGGGGGGUGUGAUUGUAUCGGGGUCUGGUUGCGCUUGGUGUUCGGUGGGGGAGCUCUGCGCGUUUGACAUCGACAUAAGAACACCCGCGCGAUGGGAUGUGACUCCACCGCCCGAUAUAGGCGACGUGAUGCGCGGCGCGACGGCGAAGCUCACCGUCAACGUGGACAGAUCCAGGAGCACGAACUCCAGCGGAAAUCGCGGCGGAAACGACGCUGGUAAUCACGCCGCGAAUGGCGGCGGAAGUGACGCUGAGAACGGCGGAUGGAGCGGAAGCGGAGGCGGAAGCGGCGGAAGCGGAAGCGAAAGCGGAAGGGAGAUGGGGGUGGGUGACUAUAGGGAGUCUCUGGUAGUGCGUCUGGUGGGGCCAGCGUUAGCAGCAGCGGAUGUGACUAAAGAGGGGGGUGACGUGCGGAAGUGGAGAGUCACUUACCGAGUGUGGGACGCAGGGAAUUACAGCGUGCUGCUCCUCUCAGAAUGCGGUAACCUGGACUUCACCCGGAACAGCACUGAACGCGCCCUAGGCACAGUGGCUGAAUGGACCCUCACUGUGCUCAACGCCACUGGCAGUGCCACCAGUAGCGCCACUGGUAGUGUUUUCCCACAGAGCUCGAGCCAAGGCCCCCCAGAGAAGGAGAAUUCAGUCGGACUGGUUACCUCUAGAAGGAUUCUAUACUCUGAUUCAGAACCUUCUGCAGGUGAAGACCAAGCAGCCGACCAACCCGCUGACCAACCCACCGACCAACCCGCCGACCAACCCGCCGACCAACCCGCUGACCAACCCACCGACCAACCCGCCGACCAACCCGCCGACCAACCCGCUGACCAACCCACCGACCAACCCGCCGACCAACCCGCCGACCAACCCGCUGACCAACCCGACUCACACCUGGAAGCACAUCUAGCCGAUAAUACCGGCACUGAGUCCCGCAACAGUGAAUUCAACAGCGAAUCCCUCAAGACUGAAUCGCCAGGAGAUGACUAUACCGAAUACCAGGACACCCCAUGCGACCAUUCCGCCUACGGCCGGUGGCUCUUCGACCCCUCAAAGGGCAAGUACACGUGGCAGCUGUACCCGUGCGCGCGCCCCCUCCCCCCGCCGUCUGACUGGCUUGCCGCUCUGCAGUCCCGAGGCAUUUACGAGAUCAACAUUGUAGGGGACUCGCACCAGCGGUUUCUGUUCAACCACCUCUUCUUCCUGCUCACAGGGCGAGCGCACUCCUCCCAUGCGAAAGUGCAUAAUAAUCUCAUGCGUGUCGUCAUGCCCGCUCCCCCUCCCGCUCCGCCUCCUCCUCCUGCUCCUUCCACUCCUGCUCCUGCUUCCUCUCCGGCUCGUCCUACGGCAUCUGCAGCUCUUGUUUCGGGAGCCGUUUCUCCCACCCUUCCUGCCCUCCCUCUUCUUUCUUUUGCGGCAUCACCUGCUGCUGCUGCUGCUGCUGCUGCUGCUGCUGCUGGCGAUGGGGCAUCAGGUGGUAACAGCAGCAGCCAGCCUGGAGAGCUGCGGCCUCUGAAGCUCCACUUCUAUUGGAUCGCAGGCAUCUAUGACAUGGGGAGAUUCGGAUGCAAGAAGAAGUUGUGGAAUCAAGGCCGGCCGUUCCCCACCAUCUCACCAGCAGCAGACGUCACCAUCAUCGACAGUGGCACAUGGACCCAUGGCUUCUGCGAUGCUCCUGAAAAUGCAUUCGGGUUCUAUCUCCCGAGGUUCUUACACUGGGCUUAUCGGCAAAUGCUGGCGGCUCGAAAGCAUAAGCAGCAGAAGGGUCAGCACGGCCAGCAGGGGCUGCAGGGCCAGCAGGGGCAGCUGAAACAGCAGCAGCAGCAGCAGCAGCAGCAACAGCCGCAGCAGCUGCAGAAGUGGCAGCAGCAGAAGCAGCAGCAGCAGCUGCUGCAGAAGCCCCAGCAGCAGAAGCUGCAACUGAAGCAGCAGCAGCUGCAGAAGAAGCAGCAGCAGUGGAAACAGCAGCAGCGGAGGCAUCUGCAGCAGAAGCAACAUCUGCAGGCAGUUGCACUAAGCAGCAAUGAUACUGAAACCCAAGGUACAGCAUCCGAAGCAGGUGGUAACAAUAGCUCCAGAGGGCCAUGGUUUCUCUAUCGGACCAUCCCUCCGUUACGGCGGAACAACUUCUGUCGUUACGGGUCAAACAGUCUAGUCGCACAUUUGAACAAUGUGGGGGUUGCUCAUUUGGCAAGGUAUGGAGUUGGGCUGUUAGACGGGCGGCAUGUAGAGAUGCCGAAGAUGGAAGACUCGUGCAGUGAAAGAGAUAACCACUAUAGUUGCUUUAGAUUCCGCGGUGCCAUGGGGAAGGGGCAUGGGAUUUAUGAAGGUGAUGUAGGAGAGGCCAUGGUGUACAUGACGAUGUACCAUCUAUUAUAUUUAUUAAAUUGAUGGUGUAAUUUUGUGUUCUCAACGG